CCAACAUAGCAUCCAGUCCGACUCCUGACUCCAACCACCGCUCAAGAGGCAUUAUGAAGACGAUCUGUUUAGUUUUCCUGCUGGUAGCAGCGGCUGCUGCCAGCGAGAAAAAGUCAAUAGAGAAGAAGGAGGGCCUUGAGAAGAAGUUGGACAAACGUGGCCUCUUAAAUCUCGGCUACGGAUAUGGCAUCAGCGGGCUGGAUGUCGGCUACAUCGGCAGCGGCCACGGCAUCGGUGGCGCCUACAACAACAUCGUCGAAGGAGGAGGCUUUAACUCCGGCUAUGGCAUCGACCUAGGCCACCGCACCGACGUCACCAGGACAAUCACUUACGUCAAAGGAGUGCCAUACGCUGUACCCGUCGACAGACCAGUCCCCUACCCCGUCGAGAAGCACGUCCCUUACCCCGUCAAGGUCCCAGUACCCCAGCCCUACGAAGUCGUCAAGCAUGUGCCCGUCCACGUCAAGGAAUACGUUAAGGUCCCCGUACACGUACCCGCCCCGUACCCAGUAGAAAAGAAGGUGCCCUACCCAGUCCACGUACCCGUCGACAGGCCCUACCCCGUCAAAGUGUUGGUGCCCCAGCCCUACCCCGUCGAGAAGCACGUACCUUACCCCGUCAAGGUGCCCGUCCCUCAGCCCUACCCCGUGGAGAAACACGUGCCAUACCCCGUCGAAGUUAAAGUGCCCGUGCCCCAGCCCUACCCCGUCGAGAAGCACGUACCUUACCCCGUCAAGGUGCCCGUCGACAGGCCUUACCCCGUGCACGUACCCGCUCCUUACCCCGUCGAGAAGCCAGUGCCAUACCCCGUGCACGUGGAGAAGCCCGUGGCCGUCCCCGUCCACGUCCCCGUCGACAGGCCUUACCCAGUCCAUGUAGAGAAGCCCGUAGCCGUUCCCGUCAAGGUGCCAGUCCCAGAGCCCUACCCAGUCUACAAGCACAUCCCCUAUGAAGUAGAAAGGCCCGUGCCCGUCCCCGUCAAGGUCCCCGUCGACAGGCCCUACCCCGUGCCCGUAGACAGGCCAUACCCCGUGCACGUCGAGAAGCCCUACCCCGUGCCCGUGAAAGUCCCAGUUCUGGUCAGCGAACACAGCGGCUACGGACACUCCGGCUACGGAGGUUCCAGCUACGGAAGCUCCGGCUACGGAAGCUCCGGCUACGGAAGCUCCGGUUACGGAGGCUCCAGCUACGGAGGCUCCUACUACGAGCACUAGGCUAAUUAUUCUAGUUCUUUAGUUCAUUAUCUGCCAAUGUCACGCUAUUUAUAUCUCGCCAAGCAGCGGCCGGGACACCAGCAAAAAUUUUCUACUGACUAUUUAUACUGUCCUUCUAUGAGUUGUCACGUCAUAUAAGCGUACAGAAGGUGCGCCGUACGUGUACGUUGUGAUGCUAAGGUUACCAUUAAUAGGUUAAGUCGACUGUAAUAUACGAAGUAAAUAAAAAAAUAAGAA